AAAUCCUUCCAAAGUGACCGUGAAAGUGUUGACAAAUUGAAAGAUCGUGCCACUGUUGCAAAGCAAAUUUGAGCGUUUAUUGUGAUAAUUAUUGUGGCAUCGCUAGUUCAAGAUCACGAUCGUGAUACGCUUAGCGGACAUCGCAGUGCAAUUUCGUGACAUUCCGGUGGCUUCCUGCCAAUUGAACGCUUCCGCCAGAUCAAAAUCAAACACUAAAAACACAGCGUUAGACAACUUGUUACCGAGCUUGGUUCUUCAUUCGUUCGGCGCAUAACUUGUCGUGCCGUCGUGCAAAACGGAAUUCCAACACUGGCCAAAGUGCGUACGUGAUUUUGGAUCCAUCCGAGAGUGUUUUCGGUAGUGCCUUACCGCGUGGCGGAGGCCGUAUCUCGCAUCCGCAAAAACACCACGCGUUGAUGCGCCGAUAGCUGGCUGCGGUGCUGGCUGGCUGUUAUGCAAACAACGCACCACAAACAACGAGCAAUGCAACGAUCGUCCAGGAGUGUCCUGCUGGCUGUUAGGCAGCUGGUGCCGCUGUUGUUAGUGGUGCUGCUCGUCCCGUACCAACCUGUGAUAGUAGUGACGGCUGUGAUAAACACGCAACGAACGGUCGAGCUUCGAUCGCUGGAAGCCGGAAAUGGUGACAAUCCUCUCGGCACGAUCGACGGCUUGCACGGGAAUGAUAACUUCGAGCUGUUGGGCGAGAUACGGCCGACCAUGCACUGUCAUCGCACGAAACGCGAGCUGCCAUCGUCGGUGGCAGUGACGUCUUCCGGCAGUGAGAGCGACACCGACAACCCUGCCAUCGGUCGGCGGCGCCAGCAUCACCGUGAUCGUCUGCUCAUCCGGUACGGCAUGGACGGUGCCACGAUGACGCUCGAUCUACGGUUGAGCGAAAACAUCAUCGCUCAGCGCUACAAGCUCGUACGGCAAUCGCCGGAAGGCGACGAUGUCGUGAUAAACGACGAUCAGAACGUGGAACUCUGUCAGUACGGUGGCACGGUCCCUGAGAUGCCCGGCUCCCGGGUUGCUCUCUCCACCUGCGACGGUAAGAUCGAGGGUGUGAUCUACGCCACGAACGAUACCUACCUCAUCCAGUACAACAACGCAACGCAUCUGCUGUACCGCCGACAACGACGCAGUGCCCAUCCUGCGGCACUAGAGGAUAUGGAAAACAUUCCACCACGCCAUCCAUCGACCACGGCAACGGGGAAAGAGAAGUUCUCCUUCAGUACCGGCUACCGGGAGAACUCUGAGUCUCUGUUCGUCGAACUGGCCAUGGUUGUGGACCGCAGUACGUUCCUGAAGUUUAGCUCCAACGAACAACGGAUCCACCGUCACUGCCUCUCCGUGGUGAACGUUCUCAACGAACUGUACCGUCCACUAAACAUCUACAUAGUGCUGAUCGGUGUGGAGGUCUGGAACCAACGCGAUCGCAUCGAAUUGACGCGCGAUUCCAAGCAAACGCUCGCCAACUUCCUGGCGUACCGGCGUGAUACUCUACUACGCACGAUGCCGAACGAUAAUGCACAGCUACUGACGGCUUUUCGGUUCCCAAACAACGUGGUCGGUAAGGCGGAACUCGGUUCGAUGUGUUCUUCAACUGGUUCCGGUGGAAUCGCGGUGGUGGAACACUUUACCGUAGCACCACUAGCGACGACGAUCGCGCACGAGCUGGGUCACAAUUUUAACAUUGAUCAUGACACGGAAGAAGAGUGUGGUGGGGAGGCAGCCUGUCCCGGCCCGGGACCAUGCAUCAUGGCACCGAAACUGCUCGAUUCCGGCGAUGUACCGAGCGUUUGGAGUAAGUGUAGCUUGGCGGAUCUAAAGGAAUCCCUGGAGCACGGUCUCGGUGCCUGUCUCCGCAAUAAACCCAUCCGUCAGCUGGUCCGUGCAGAGUGUGGCAAUGGAUUGUUGGAACCGGGGGAACAGUGUGACUGUGGAAGGCCCGAUCGGUGUGACAAUACGUGCUGCGAUCCUUCUACGUGUCGGUUGCGUGGCAACGCUACCUGUGCGACUGGCGCUUGCUGCGAUUUGGGCACUUGUCAACCUCGAAUGGCCGGUACCGAGUGUCGCCGAGCGGGCGGUGAGUGUGAUCUGGCCGAGUAUUGCGAUGGGCAGAGUGAACUGUGUCCGGCCGAUGUUUUUGUACGGGAUACGAGUCCGUGUGCCGGUGGCCGGGCGUACUGUUACCGCGGACAGUGCAAUUCACGCGAUCACCAAUGUCAGCUGCUGUGGGGUCCAACGGGCAAGUCUGGGCCGGACGAAUGCUAUCAGGCCAACACCAAUGGAACAGUGUUUGGUAACUGUGGUACGGAGCUGUUGGCGAAUCGAUCUGUGGCGUGCCCGGGGCAAGAUGUACAGUGUGGACUGUUGCACUGUACGCACCAGAACGAGAAGCUCGAGUAUGGGAAGGAAGCGUACGCCCAAAGGACGACCACACGGUACGCUUCUUGGGGACCGCGUGGCAUCAAGCGGCAUGUUACCUGCAAUACGGCGAUCAUCGAUUUUGGUCCGGAUGUGCGUAAUCCCGGGUUGGUGCCGGAUGGUGCCGAGUGUGGUAAGGGCAAGAUGUGUCAUGGACAGCGCUGCGUCGCCAUUAGUGCACUGAGGGAGCUGGACAUCGGUGAGGAAUGCCCGGGUGGUUGUGGUGGACAUGGGGUGUGCAAUAGUGAAGGUCACUGUCAUUGUGAUCCUGGCUUCGCACCGCCAUUCUGUGAUAAACCGGGCGCUGGUGGCUCGAUCGACAGUGGACCGAUCGGUAGGACACCAACCGUGUCCCAUGAGACGCUUGUCCAGGGGCUCAUCAUCGGCGGUACGCUCGGGGGAAUGCUGAUCGUCAGUGUGUUGGUGUUUGUCCUCGCACGUAACUUCCUGAUGGCACAGGUACGGCUCGCGUUGAAGCGAUUCCGAGAGCGCAAAUAUGGUCACAUCGUACCGCCGGCAUCCCCGACUGGUCUGUCAGCGCCGCCCCUAUUCCCGACAACGAAAGCUGGACGAUUGGCACCACCACCACCUCCUCCACCACCUCCACCGCCACCAGCGACGGCCUUACUGCUAGUGGCAGCAUCAUCCACCGUGACGUCACCGACGACUGACCCUCAAACCCCGUCACAAUCCUUCAUCAACGUCAACAUCAGCAAGAACGGAAAGAUCACGAUCGAAAACAAGCGCAUCAACUCCCCAUUCCUCCACCAACAACCUGUCCUCGAUACGCACGAAGCAUUCCGGAUGAAGCUACAGGAACGAUCGUACAGUAUCGAGAGUAACGUAUCCUCGGAGCGGCCAUUUGUCACCGCGGAACUACACUCCAGUACGCCCGAUGUGGCCAACUCUCCAACAACCGAGCAACCGGGCUACGGGACCGUGCUCCACCAACUGAAGCAAACGGAUCGCAUCAACACUUUCCACAGUAAUCGCUCCAAGAGCGACGAACGACCGACCGGUGCCCGGCAACUGCCCAAGUUGCCACGCCAGCAAACGUUCGGUGAUUUCGAUACGAUCGAACGGCUUCCGGAGGAGGACGGGCCCAAGAAGGGACCACUGCCAACCAAACCGAUCGCAAUACCACGACCAUCACCCCGGGUGGCUGUUAGUCCGGGGAACGCAAACCGAUUACUACCGACCGUACCGACCGGUGCAGUUUCCAGUCGCCCCGUCAUGGGCACAAAUGUGGCUGCACUGAAGGCAAAGCUGAAUCUCGCCGAAAUAGCCACAAAACGAUGAUCUUGCCGCGCGGGGAGGCCAUGGGAUGGCAUAUAGCUGCGCAUCCCGGAAACUUACUCCAUGGUGUAGUCUGGGUGUUUUUCACCCCUCGAAAGCGUGAACCUACGUCCUCGUUAUACUCAGCGAUAGUGUUUGACGGAUAGGAGAUACACCGGAAACGGCCGUACAAAGCAGUAUUUCAAAGAGGGGCUGCCUCAGGGUCAAACGUAUUAUUUGCACCGCGUAGCCUUUCGGUACUUAUUAGACUGUUUUUUUAGGGCAAAUGCAAUUUAUAGCUGUAAGGUUUAGAAGCGCACCGUGGCCGCAUGCAUGCUGUCGUAGCGGGGAUGAAAAAUAUAGCAUGAAUUUCUAGUC